UUAUUUGGAGAGAUCUGAAAGUGGCCCACCAGCACUGUAUUUUUCUUAGCUCAAAUGUCGUUUUCGAAGAAUCUCUUUGAAACAAAAACCCACAGACAAUUGCUACUUUCUUCUGUUUGAUUUGACUCUCACCCCUCACACACCAUUGUUAUUAUUUUAAUUACUCUUUUUUAAGACAAACCCUACACAUAGAUAUCUACACACAGUCACACACUGAGGACUGAGUCACCCACACACACACUUUCUUUUUUCUUUCUUUUCUUCUCUGCGUAAAGAGAAGUGGGUAGCAUUUCCUUUUCUUUAUUUUUUCUUCUUCUUUGUCGUGGUUCGGGGAAUCAUUUUUUUGAAGUUUGAAAUUCACCCUUUUUUUUUGGUGGGUUUUGUUUUCUUUUUGCCGCGCCUGCCUGAAUUUUGUCCCUCGCCUUUUCUUUUGUGGAUUAGACCCAAAACCCUUGAUUAUAUUGGAUGUAGAAGAUCUGCAUUUUAUCUGGGCACCUUCAAUUUAAGGUGGCACAUUUUAUAACAGAAUAUCUAGGGAGGUAUUUUUGAUUCUUGUGGUAGCUUAAUCUCUGGAAAAAAAAAAUGGAGAAUUACGAUGUACUGGAGCAGAUUGGUAAAGGUUCGUUCGGCUCCGCACUGCUUGUGAGGCAUAAACAAGAGAAGAAGAAGUAUGUUUUGAAGAAAAUUCGUCUUGCUCGACAGACUGAUAGAACACGCAGAUCUGCCCACCAGGAGAUGGAGCUUAUAUCUAGAGUCCAGAAUCCAUUUAUCGUGGAGUACAAAGAUUCUUGGGUGGAAAAGGGUUGUUAUGUGUGCAUUGUGAUCGGGUAUUGCGAAGGAGGAGAUAUGGCAGAAGCCAUUAAAAAGGCAAACGGGGUUCAUUUCUCUGAGGAGAAACUUUGCAUGUGGUUAGUGCAACUUCUGCUGGCGCUCGAUUAUCUGCACAACAACCAUAUACUUCAUCGCGAUGUCAAGUGUUCGAAUAUAUUUCUGACGAAAGAUCAAGAAAUACGUUUAGGGGAUUUUGGUCUAGCUAAAGUACUGGUUUCUGAAGAUCUAGCUUCCUCUGUAGUUGGUACACCGAGUUACAUGUGCCCCGAGCUUCUUGCUGAUAUACCUUACGGUUCGAAAUCGGACAUUUGGUCCUUAGGAUGCUGUAUUUAUGAAAUGGCUGCUUACAGACCUGCAUUUAAAGCCUUUGAUAUACAAGGUUUGAUCAACAAAAUCAACAGAUCGAUAGUGUCUCCGCUUCCAACCAUGUAUUCUGGUUCAUUACGUGGGCUUAUCAAGACUAUGCUCCGAAAAAAUCCCGAGAUUCGACCAAGUGCUGGAGAUUUGCUGAGGCAUCAACAUCUUCGUCCCUAUGUCAUGAGUGUUCAUUUGAAGUGUAACAACCCUAGACGACAUACUUUUUCCACACUAUCAUCCGAUGCUAAUUUUGUCAAGAAAACGAGAUUCCUUCAAUCCGAAGCUGUUAAAACAGAGAAGAAAAGGCUAUCUUUUGGCAAUAACAGAGCUCUGAAUCCUAGUAUUUCUGGAAACGAACAGGAAACUCCAUGUUCGUCUCGUAGAGCGCAAAAAUCCUUCAACCAUUUGAAUGAUAGAUAUUCCGAAUUAUCCAUCGGUAGCGUAGUAGACGAAAUAAACGUGAAAAAAUCGGUGACCACUAAUAAGUUUUCAAGUGCUUUAAAAACCCCUAAAACUGCUUCUUCAGCAAAACCCUCGGCAAAUCUCAGAAGACAGUCUACUACUCCUUCAAAGAUAUCCAACCCCGGUUCAACCCGUGAAUUGCUUCCAAUAUCGCAUACCCCAGCUAGAAAACAGAUUCGUAGAGCAUCUCUUCCACUAUCUACGCGGGGCCCGCUAGGCAGUGUGGAAUCCCCCGAUGUAUCGGUGAACGCGCCACGUAUGGACAAGAUGGUUGACUUUCCUUUGACUUCAUCGGAAGAGCCGACUCAUGUACCGAACCGGAGGGCUUCAUCGACAUCUGCUCAGUGCUCGUCGUACACAUCUCCGGCGAGCGUUAACCGUUCGAUCACGAAAGACAAGUGUACGAUCAAGAUCCAUCAGUACAGCAACGGAGGGAGCAACGAGUGUUCGGAUCAGGAUCCGCGGAGCGGUGGCGGGUCGACCCGUUCGUCGUCGGAUUCUAGGCAGAGGAGGUUCGAUACGUCUUCGUACCAGCAAAGGGCGGAAGCACUCGAGGGUUUGCUGGAGUUCAGCGCGCAGCUUUUGCAGCAGGAAAGGUUUGGAGAGCUGCAAGUGCUGCUGAAACCGUUUGGGAUCGAAAAAGUUUCGCCCAGAGAGACUGCUAUUUGGCUGACCAAGAGUUUUAAGGAGAAUGGGGCGUCUUAAAUUUCGAAGUCGUGUAAUAAUAACCGUACGACGAUGAUUAUUAAGAGCUAACGGUGAUUAGGAAUGUGUUCGAACUUUUUACAGUAGGUGAAAUUUUAUUCAGGGAAUUUUUGCAUGAA